UCUCAGGAGUCACUUCAGCUACUAACUUAUAACAGGUUAAAUGUAAAAAAAAUAAAAUAAAAAAGUUGACAUAUUAAAAUGUUCUCGUUUCAACAUGCCAGCACAGGACAUGAGUAGAUGAUCUGAGUUUGCAGCAUCAUAGCUGUGUGUGUGUGUGAUGACAGAGGAAGGCUGUGGCGGAUGAGCUCUGACUGACAAGACUGAAAUCAGUCGGCUAACUAUCGCAGGGAAGUUUCCGGAGUUGUUCUUGAACAACUUGAGUUGUUCAAUCCAGGGCGCAAUGAAGGAUCAAAAUUACAGCGAUGAAAUCACGAAAAUACUGGAAGAGGCUCCCACUGCCCGCAAAGCACUUUUAGACAACUACGACAACUUGCACAAAGUAGCGGAGUACUGCGAGAACAACUACCUGAAGUCUGGAAAUGACAGCAACAAAGCUCUGGAAGAGACCAAGGCCUUCACCACCCAGUCUUUGGCUAGUGUGGCCUAUCAGAUCAGCUCUCUGGCCACCAAUGUGCUCAAGCUACUGGACGCACAAACCCUUCAGCUCCGCAAGAUAGAGUCCUCUGUCAACCAGAUUGGACAGACAGUGGACAUGCACAGGGAGAAGGUGGCCCGCAGAGAGAUUGGUGCAUUUACAGUUGGGAAGAGGGUUCCUCGCAAUCAUAAAGUUGUUCCACCAGCAAAAAACAAAGAAGCCAAGCUAAAGUACACCCGCACACCCAUCUCUUUCUCUAGCUUGGACUCUGUUGGCCAUGGAGUGAAGGAUUCUGGCCAACCACAGUUAAAAACGGCUACCAUGUCGCGCAGCGGCAGCAUACUGAGUCGAGGCGGUCGUCCUCCAGAGCCAGUCCAGUGUCCUGUGGCCCCCAGUCUGUCUCAUGGAGCAUCACUGACCUCACUCAACGACAAGUCUAUCACUUCGAGUUUUGGUAUAGCUGUGCCACCUCCUGUAGUGCCCAGCUGGCCCACCAGCCCUGAUAGUGACAUCAUCGGCACACUAUCGGAAGAAGUGCGGGAAGAAGGACCACCGCCUCCACCCCCAAUGAUGGAGGCAGAGGGUGAAGUGAAUCAUGCGCAGGAGGCCGCUCCACCAGCUCCACCACCACCUCCACCUCCUCCCAUGGAUUGUCCCAACAGCAUCCCCCCGCCUCCUCCAAUGCCCAUCUCAUCUACACCUGAACCAAGCAGCAUGAUGGCCAUACCACCUCCCCCUCCUGCUCCACCUCUUGAAACAGUGGCUGAGGAGAUUGGCUUUCCUCCACCUGAAGCUCUCGGUGACAUGCCUCCUCCACCAGCCCCUGAUGGCAUUGAUCUUCCAAGCCCACCACCUCUGCCUGGAGAGGAAAACAUCGAAGCUCUGCGUUCUCGCCGGUCACGGGUGCGACGUCAUCCUCCUAGCACUCGCUCUCUCUCUCUUAGGGUCCGCAUGGGCCCCAGCGCUCGCUCGCUGUAUACACGCUCGCUUUUCCUGCCUGCUGCUCAAUCACUCAUGAUCCCCCCGCCCCCUCCAUACCCUCCUCCUCUGGCUCCGCCUGCUUCGCUCAGUCCAUUGUGCAGGAUUCCUGCCCGCCUGCAGCACCUGGAUCUUGAGAUUCCAGCACCGCCCCCUUCACCACCACUAGACGAUUUUGACAGCUAUGAGGAAAUGCCCCCUCUGCCUCCCCCUAUUGACUAUGACAUGUCAGCACCAGUCGACUAUCUGGAGAAAGUGGUGGCACUAUAUACAUAUGACACAGGCAAGCCGGGUGACCUGGUGUUUCAGGAAGGGGACAUCAUUUACCUCACCAGCAGGAAUGAGGACGGCUGGUGUGAAGGGGUCCUGAACGGAGUUAAGGGUUAUUUUCCUGGCAACUAUGUGGAGUCCACUGCUUGAGUCCACUGCUUGACCGGCCAUAUGUUUUUACAAUGUCACUGAGCAAAUUAUUUGAGACCCGAAGCACCUUCAUUUAACAUUUUGUCAAGUGAAUCUGUUUAGUUAUAUUGGCUGUACUGAGCUCCUUUUUGUUGUAGUUCUUGUUCUCAAACAUCACAAAAGCUACUAACAUGCUGACCGAUGUUCCCAGCAAAGAUGAGCUUGCGUUUAUGAAAAUACCCUGUCUCAAGUUUACUCUGGUUUUAAGAAUAAUGAUCAUUUAUCUCUCAGGACUUUAAGUUAUAAUCUCAAUGUACGACAUAUAAAGAAACAUUUUAUGUGCAUUUCAGAUGUAUUUGAUCUAUUAAGAUUAUAAAUGAAUUCAUAUUUUAGUUUGAAUAGGUUUUUAUGCAGAGUAAAUAUAAUAUAAAAUAAUAUAUUUGUGUAAUUUAAUUUAGUUUCCUAAUUAACAUUUAUUGCUUGUGAUCAGUUUAUAACAUUUCUUAGAUUCCCUUUUGCGAAUAUUGUAUUUAACAAUAUUUGUACUGUGGUGAGUUAAGGAAAUCUGUUAAUGUGCACCAGCUCACGUCACUGUUUUAUGGUACCAAGUUAGCUUUUACAGUCCACAGGCUUUUUGAUCUGUUCAUUUAUAAUGAACAGGCUCAUCUGUCUUAUUUUUUACUUUUCUAAACUGUUACACAGUUGUCUAUUUCAUGUUGAGGAAAUGUAUAAAAAUUUCUUUGAUGUAAAUGUGUGUCUCUUUGUUUUACAAAAAUGAAAGAGUAA